AAUGCAACAACUCCAACAGAGUUCACGUGUCAAAGGUUACAGUUGAUCAACCCAGCAUCGAUUGCUGUACGUUACCGGACAAUGGCUAAACAUCACCCAGAUUUGAUCUUUUGUAGGAAACAAGCUGGUGUCGCUAUCGGGAGACUUUGCGAGAAAUGCGAUGGAAAGUGUGUCAUCUGUGACUCUUACGUGAGGCCGUGCACGCUGGUGCGCAUUUGUGACGAGUGUAACUACGGAUCCUAUCAGGGACGCUGUGUCAUCUGUGGAGGACCUGGUGUAUCUGAUGCUUACUACUGUAAAGAGUGCACCAUCCAGGAGAAAGAUCGAGAUGGAUGUCCUAAGAUUGUGAACUUGGGCAGCUCUAAAACAGACCUGUUUUAUGAACGCAAAAAGUACGGCUUCAAGAAGAGGUGAAGAGACUAAAGCCUCUUAGUUUUUCAGGGUUUUUUUAAUGUAAAACUUUCAAGAAACAUUUUUUGACUUCAUGAUAAUAAAGUUUGCUUUUCUAUUUCUGCC